CAUUUGGGGGAUAUCUGUACUGUCCUGACAUUUGGGGGAUAUCUGUACCGUUCUGACAUUUGGGGGAUAUCUGUACUGUUCCGACAUUUGGGGGAUAUCUGUCCUGUCCUGACAUUUGGGGGAUAUCUGUCCUGUCCUGACAUUUGGGGGAUAUCUGUCCUGUCCUGACAUUUGGGGGAUAUCUGUCCUGUCCUGACAUUUGGGGGAUAUCUGUACUGUUCUAUCAUUUGGGGGAUAUCUGUCCUGUCCUGACAUUUGGGGGAUAUCUGUCCUGUCCUGACAUUUGGGGGAUAUCUGU